AUGAAGGUCGCGAUAAACUGCAACUAUGGCGCAUCACAGCACUGGGAUGCGUUCGCUGAGGCUAGUCGAGCCGCUUAUGACGGAAUGGACGAGACCUCACGCGAGCGCGUGAAACGACGAGUGCAAGUUGGGUCGGACGCCCUUCCUGUUAACCCAAGCUGCGAUACUAUGCUUAUGGUCUAUUCUCUACUUGAAGUUGAGCCCAUCGACUGGGAUGUUCCUGAGGACCAGGUUCAUGAUGGUCAGAAAGGUAAGGGUGCAUGGUUGAUCAAGGUCCGACGCCCGAGUGGCGACUACAAGUCGCGGAGGAGGAAUCGGCGCCGAUGGAAGCGCGGGAAUCCAUUCAAGCGAGUGAGCCGAGUACCGGACAUGGAUGAUAUGGAUGAUGAGGAGGAAUGCCAGCAGGUAGGAGCUCAGCAGGAUGCCACACGACCUGAUGAAGGAGGCGAUGGUGAACAGGCCAUGAUAUACUGCGCGUUAACAGGCUGCCUUAUGAGAGAUCCCGUGAAGACUCCGCAAGGUGUAUUUUAUGAACGUGCAGCUAUAACAGACUGGUUGGACUCGGGUAACUCCACAUGCCCUGUGGAUGGUCAGCCACUGACAGUAUCACAACUGGUUGGAGCUCCGGAGGUGUUGGAGGCCAUAGUGGGAUGCCAGGCAGAGGCCCUCGCUGUUUUCGCUAAAGAGGAGGAUGAAGGAGCCCCGAAGGCCACCACCGAGAUCAGUCAGGAAGAAACGGUUGAGGAGACCAAGCACAGCCUUUUGGGGGACCUUCCAGAGAUCCGCAAGGAGAAACAAGGUGCAGUAGCCCCUCUGGCGCCGGAUGGAUAUUGGAUAUUCCUCAGGAAGUUCGACGAGCCCGAGCAAGCCUAA